GAAUGACCGCAUCCUCGCAAGCGCAUCAUCGGACAAGACUGCGCGAUUGUGGAACCUCGACAAUGGACAACCCAUCAGUUCGCCUCUCGAGCACUCAGAGGGAGUUCGUUGCAUAUCGUUUUCUGCGGAUGGAAAGCUACUAGCAACUGGCUGCUGCGAUGACGGACACGCGUACACAUGGGAUGCUGCUAUGAUUGUUCGAGAAGCUGGCCUCGACGACCUUCUGUCAGAUUCAAAGGCCAACAAGUUGGCACUCCAUGCUGGUGCUACGCAACGUCCGGUCCAGCGACGUCCGCCUGCUUAUCGUUUACCCCAAGGUUUCUUCGAUGGUGUCCCACCAGAUCGUUCUCAUCACGAAGUCGUCCCCACUCCUCAGCACAUCCAGGCGGCACAUUUCUUACCCGCUUGUUCCACCGCAGCCCCUCUGAUACCCAUGAUACAUCACUGUCUUCUCCACUCGACUGGGCUCGAAACCUUUUGAGACCGCGCGGACAAAGUGAUGAAGGCACCGAGUUGCAAGGGCGCAGCCCCACAGUUGUCGAGGUACCGUAUGCGCAGGGCAAACGUAGAAACGCUUGCGCAAGGGAGAAACGGAAAAAACUAUUAUUACCCUUGAAGAACUCUACUGCAAGCAGCUCACAGCCUCCCAAGCCCAAUACCACGCAGCAAUCUGGCACAGCAACUCAGACUCAACCAUCUUUGCAACCACAGCCAGCUGGCUCCAAUUCAUCUACUACACCUGCCGUCGGCGAUAAUACCGCAGCUACAACUUCAGCGCCCUCGCACCCUGACGUAAUACUCAGACAGGCUGGACUCUGGACUCGCUUCUGGCUCUUCAUUGGUUGUCUGUCCCCUGAAUUCCAGGAUGGUCGUCAUUAGUCUACGAUUUUCCUCGUCCCGUACGAUUAUUUCUCGCGCACCUCUGAAUAUUGUAACUCUCAUCAAUGUGGCCUGCCUCGGCUAUGCUUCGAACUGUCCUUUUUUGAUACCAUACGCUAAGCUUUAGUUUGGAUUGAACGUCUGUGAUAUUGAUGGGCGUUCGAAUGAUUAUUCGCUUACUUUUCCGUAGCAAUUAUCGUAGAUAUGGACUUUAUUGAUUCAUACUUUUGCUUGAGGUCAUUUGUGUGAGCGAUAGGGCGAUGCCAUUGAUUGGACGUUCUAUGGAUGCCCACAUGAUCUGAUAUAUUCACCUACUCCAUUGGUCACACAAACGGUCGGACUUGAUUCAUUCAGACUUUCACCUGGGGCUCCAAUA